AUGUCAUUCCCAGCAGCUAGUGCUUACCUCGCAGCAGUAAAGUGGAAUGAUGAAGACUGCUACCUUCAUGAUUUCAUCAAUAAAUAUGAGCUACCUCAAGUAGCUAAAAUCACCAAAGGUCAAUUCGCCAAUUUAGGCGUACCGAGCUUUGCCAAUCCUUCUCUAAAUCAAAUUGUCUUGAUCGCCAGAUCUAAACGAAUAAAAGUUGCUGCUCAGUGUGUCAAGUUUAAGAAUAAAAAAAAUAUUGUGCCCGUUGGAUCGAAGCUUGCUAUUCCCGAUUCUUAUGAAGGCUGGUUUGAAAUUUUAAGUGAAGACUUGAAACCAGUACCCUGCAUUGAGACUGUUUAUGAGUUGUGGCGAAAAUCUCCGGCCACUUGUCUCGUUCGUGAAAACAUUAAAGCUCACCUCGCAAAAGUUGAUGAUGCAGAUAUUUUGUCCGACAAAACUAAAACCAUUUACUCCGGGGAGACAUUAAUUGCAGUUGAUGAAGUUAAAGUGAUGCAUGCUAGAUCAAAAUCUGGACGAUAUUUGAAAUGCUUUACUGCUAAGGGAGAUGCUGUCUUUCUCGGUUUUGAACAAAAAGGAAAGUUCAGCACGGUUGCUACUGAAGAGAAUAUAUCAGGUGUUCACACUAUCGACAAUUUGCUAGCAAAAUGCUUACCUUUGAUGGUUCGUUUAGUUCAUGGCAAACCACCGUUUAGUGUAAAAUCAAAUUCUAAUUUUGUACCUGAAAUGAGGCUGUACUCUCUUUUUGAAGAAGAGAGUGUCAUGGCUCUACCUUUACUUAAAGAUGCAAAUAUAGUAACUCUACCACCUUCAGCUCAACUGAAGGUACAAGCACCAAAAAAUGUAGAGACUCUACUUAAGCUUAAAAACUAUGAUUUUCUGAUCAAGAAAUAUAAGAGCUUAAUGCAAGAAAUGUCAAAUCAAAUACAGUUAUUCGAUAUUUCACUUUUAAAAGACACUCGUGGAAAAAAAGUUAAGAUACAAAAACCUCGCGAAAAAUGUUUACCAAAGAUACAACUUCGACAACGCAACUCUUCUGAUAAAAACUCUAAAAUUAAAGAUACACCUAAACAAGAAGUAUCACCAACUGGCAGCUUAAACGAUUAUCUGUCUGAUGACAUGGACGUUAAUUAUGAUGAAGUGGAUCAAAUUUAUGAUUAUGUGAGAGGACUUGCCCCACUCCCACCAGAAAUUGCUCAUAAUUUAAAAGGUGACGUGAAUGGUAAUACUGAACUUUCACUACGCCACAGUUCCUCUCCAUCUAGUUCGCCAGUAGCAACUAAUUCGACCGCUAGUAAUAAAACGCCUGAGAAGCCUAAACCUCCACCCAUUGAAACUAUUCCUGUAAGAAGAGCAUCAAAAGAUGAGCUCCCCGCCUUGCCAGUUCAGUUCCACAACAAUAUUGUUAUCCAGGAUGGCGACAUAGACGAUAUUAAUCCUGUUGAAGAGCACAUUUAUGAAAAAGUGUCAGUUCGAAAAGAUCGAAAAAGAAGCAUACCGGAAGCUAGAUGCAGAAUCUGGACAGAAGAACAGCCAAUUGUAUCUCACCACUUAAAUUACGGAGUCAAAAAGCUUCUUAUGAAAAAUCCAGCUCAAAACAAAAUUCAUCAACGGCAGCGAUUUUCAAGAAACCCAAAAAAUCAGCCAGUAUUGAAAGAUGCUCAAAAUCCUAACCAACGGGCACGUAGCAAAUCCGCGUCAAACUCGCCGCUGUUUAAUAUAAGAUACAAAUCCCUUGGUAAUCUAGUAGCUGAGUUUGAUGCGCUUAAUUUGAAUCAUACUAGAGGCCAAGAGUCAAGUGGUUCCGGUAGCUCAAAGGAAAGAAGUUAUGAAAGAAGAAGCCGGAUGCAAAGACCUAAGUCAAUGACGGAUUUAUUCGUGGACGUUAACCACCCGGCGGCUCAAUUAUGCAAGUAUAGGAACUUUGAACCGUUUUUCAAUGGUUUAGACAACCGAAAGUCACAUUUUUGUCCCGAAGUUGUUGGUGGAAAACUAAGUAUGCAGCACAAGCGUAUAGGAACAUUAUACCUUUGAAAACUCGCAUCUGUGUUGCCAACUAUUUGCAAUCUUUGUAAGUGAUUUUUACUAUCAGCAACUUUACGCAGUGUAUGUUUUUCCCAAAUUUUACUUUCAACUACUUUCUGUCAUGCACUGUGAUAAAAGAGAUUCAUGGAAAUUUGCUCAUUUGUGGUUAAGGAAGUCAGACUGUAGUGUAUAGGUGUGUGUGUUAUGCCAAACAACUUUCAAACAUUUUCGUCUUAUUUUAAAAAUGGACUUAGAUACUGAAAUGUGUUCGAAUUUCUGUCAGUUUUAUGUGUGAACUUUAAAUGUAUUCUUGUAAAAAAAAAAAGACUUUUGUGAUAAUGUAUACCGAUCGAAUCAAAAGUAUGUCAUAAUUUAACUUCGUUCCUAUUCUUUUGAUUAAGAAAUGGUAGUUUUUAUACUCACGUAAUUUAUUUUUUAAAGCUAAAACAAAUGUUUUGAAAAUGUAAAGCUCUGUAUUUGUAACUUUUUUAUCUAUCGAAAAGUAGCAUAAUGAUUAUG